AUGUGGGGGAAGGUGUCAUUUCAUCGCUCGCGGAAACCAGUAAUUGAGACCCCAAAGUUGGUCAACGAAUCUUCAGUUGAUAACGUGUGCCAGUCUUCGGGUUCCGAUGCUCGAAUGGGCGAGAAACUGCCCAAAGGCCUACCAUUCGUAUCACAGUAUUCCUCAGACUCGGCCUUUUCUGCGAAUAGACCAGAGUCAGGUCGUCGUGUUACUUCGUCCAUUUAUUCUCGGGACACUUUCGACCACAGUCGCCAGCGCUCAGUCACCUGGGACCAUCAGAACGAUGGCAGGUUUUAUCAAGAUCCCGAAACUACCUCGGAAAACUUGAGUAUAGAGAUUUCACCUCCGGACUCGCCCAUUUCUAUUGGUCGCGCAUAUCACAGUCGAGGUAGCUCACGUGUCUCUUCUCUCGAGAUUGAGUCAAAUCACACGUCCAACGGAGAACACAAUAUCACGAAGUUCCCAAGCCAUUUGCCAGUCCCACGUAAGCGGGCGGGCUCUGCGCAACCUGACAACAGACCGUCGACGCAAGGUCUCUCAGGUCAGAAUCGCACAACACGAUGGGAUGGUUUCUCCGGUGCACCAACCACAAGUCACUCAGAUAAAUUCGCACCCAACCUUUCCACAGAUAUCUCCUUCGGAUCACAACACACAGGAUCAAGCAACGCAUCCAGAUGGAUCAAGGGCCAUGGUCAUUCAAAAGAACAGGACACAGAGGGCCGGCAACGGUCAUCGUCAAAAACUGAUAAUCCCUUUUCUCUAGCAGCGCGUGAACCUUGGAAGGGACCAAGUGGGCGAUCUCCGAUGAUAAAUCCGAUCCAGGAGAAGCCAAGGGAGAGAUCGUCAUCACGUGUCCAACAAUCAAAGAAUAACGAUCGCAACGAUCGAUCAAAGGAAAACGACCGUGCAUCUCCAGACUAUUCAUACCUCGGUUUCGUCCCGUCGGUAGUCACAACAAUUACCGGAGGCGCAGAUAAUACCCUAGGACCGGACAAACACCAGCCUAGCAAAAGUCGCCAGCAACCAUCAAUUGCGAAGAAACCGAUACCAUCCAUCAGUGCGACAAGCGAUGUUCCACCCCGUAUCGAAAUUCCAGGGGCCACUCUGGAAGCCACCCUAGCUGAGUUGAAGCUGUCCACCGGAGACCAGGCUCAUGCACCCGUCAGUCGGUUCAGUGCAACCACCUGCGCCACAACGGAGAGCGAUAGCCCUACACCUAGCCGUCGUGAGAGCGUCGAUGCGGCUUCCCAGUCUACAGAAAACGCACCCUCAAUUAUGUCCCGCAAAAGACCCAUCCCCAGUGCCGCGGCUCCCGGGAAGAAGCCAACCAGGAAGCCAACCCCUUCCCAGGCUGACAAUGGCAAGGACCUCCCCCCAUGUCCACCAGAACAACAAGCUCAAAACCGCAUUGAGAUGCUGGAAGCAAGGAGGGACAACCUCGCACGGCGUAGGGCAAACAUUAACACAAUAAUUCACGAACUGACCCAGGUCAUCCAGCCCAGCUCCAUUGCCUACGACAUGGCUGCCCGGGAUGAGGUCAAGAAGACUGUCACCAGUCUCAACAACGAAUUAGCCGAUAUCAAGAGAGAGGAGCAUGAGAUCGGCAUGAAGCUAUUCAGACUUUGGAAGAAACGCGACGAGCAAGACUUGUAUGGUGGAGGCAGCGGUUUAUGGGUAAAGCGGGUGACCAGCUGA